AUGCUACGCUCCCGCUCCGCCGCUCGAUUUUCGAGCAAGACGCCCUCGGAGUCGUCCUCGUCCACCUCUCCCGAACGCGCUGCAGACGACGAUAACGAUUUUUUCGCUCAAGUCAAUGAUUCCCAGUCUUCGAUAGGCGUGGCAACGUUUCGUGAACACAUCGGGAGCAAUGAGGCAGAUAUCUUCAUCCCUCCCAUUGGGCAUCUGCCGCCGGAGAUUCUCAUCUCCAUUUUCGCCAAACUCAGCUCGCCAGCGGACAUGUUGAAUUGUAUUCUGGUGUGUCAGAAGUGGGCUGCGAACUGCGUGGGGAUUCUGUGGCAUCGGCCUUCUUGCAACCGGUUUGAAAACCUCCGCAGUGUCGCAACAUCAGUAGGCAAGCCGGAUGGUUAUUUUCCAUACUCGGAUCUGAUCAAGCGUCUGAAUUUGUCCGCCUUGACUGAGAAAGUGAGCGACGGCACGGUUCUGCCCUUUGCACAAUGCAACCGGAUCGAACGCUUAACUUUAACCAACUGCUCCAAAUUAACGGACAAGGGGGUCUCGGAUUUGGUAGAGGGGAACCGACAUCUUCAAGCUCUAGAUGUCUCCGAGGUUCGGUCACUCACAGAUCAUACCUUACUCACAAUAGCAAAAAACUGCCCGCGAUUACAAGGGUUGAAUAUCACUGGUUGCUCCAAGGUUUCCGAUGAAUCCUUGGUGGUUAUUUCUCAAAGCUGCAAGCAUCUUAAACGACUAAAAUUGAAUGGUGUAACCCAAGUUACAGACAAAUCCAUACUUUCCUUUGCGGAAAACUGCCCCUCAAUCCUCGAAAUGGAUUUGCACGCCUGUAGACUGGUCAAAAACCAGUCAGUCACGGCUCUACUAUCUACUCUACCGAAUCUUCGAGAAUUUCGCCUUUCUCACUGCGUUGACAUCGACAACUCUGCCUUCCUCAAACUCUCAAGACAGUCGAUGUUUGAAAGCCUUCGCAUAUUGGAUCUGACGGCUUGUGAACGAAUUGGCGAUGACGCAGUCGAGUGCAUGAUUGAUUCGGCCCCUAGACUGCGGAACCUCGUUCUCGCCAAGUGCAAAUUCAUCACCGACCGCGCCGUGCUUGCAAUUUGCAAGUUGGGAAAGAACCUCCAUUAUGUACACUUGGGACACUGCUCAAACAUCACAGACUCUGGCGUUUCUCAGCUCGUCAAGUCUUGUAACCGCAUCAGAUAUAUUGAUUUAGCUUGCUGUAAUCUCCUCACAGACACAAGUGUCCAGCAACUAGCGACCCUGCCGAAACUGAAACGCAUAGGCUUGGUCAAAUGUCAGGCCAUCACGGACUCGAGUAUUUUGGCCCUUGCCCGCUCUAGAGCGGCUCCUCACCCUCUCGGUACUAGCUCCCUAGAGAGAGUACACCUGAGUUACUGUGUGAAUUUAACCAUGAAUGGCAUCCACGAACUACUCAAUCACUGCCCGCGUCUGACUCACCUCAGUCUCACGGGUGUUCAGGCAUUUUUACGCGAAGAAUUAACCGCCUUCUGUCGGGAAGCCCCUUCGGAAUUCACCCAACAGCAACGUGAACUCUUUUGCGUCUUCAGUGGAGAAGGUGUCUCACGACUACGCGAGUUCCUAAACCGAAAUGCCGUCCCUUAUCCCGAGGGACCAGAAGCUACAAUGUACGAUGACGAUGAAGAGCUUGAUGAGGAUGAAAAUCAAGUCACCGGGCUAAUGAGUGCCACGGCCAUUCAUGAUGACGACGACGACAUGGGUGAUGGUUUUAUGGAAGUAGGGCCUCCACAUGGCUGA